AUGUUUUCCAAAGAGGAAUCGUUCACUACAAGAAUGCGUUACGAAACGCGAAAAAUUCACUCCGUUAGUGAUGCAUUGGUAAAUGCGAAGUUCGCAGUGUCAUUAAAGGAUCCUUCCGUUUGGGGUGGAGGUUUAUUCGUGUUUUAUCACAUUUUUGCAUAUUUAGAAGAUGCAAAGGACAGGUUAAAUGUGCCGGAACUCAAAAAAUUAUUUGUUGAUCCAGUCAUGGAGAGAAAACAUGAAUUUGAAGUGGACCUAGCAGAAUAUUUGGGUGAUGAUUGGCAUCUCUUGCCGAAGUCCCCCGAACUAGAGAAUUAUUUACAACAUUUAAGAAAUCUGGAAAGAGACAAGCCUAUAUUAUUAUUGGCAUAUAUAUACCAUUUAUAUUUAGGAAUGCUAAGUGGUGGUCAAAUAUUGGCUAAGAAACGUAAUCUGUUUGGAGAAGCAGAUCAAGAGAAACCUCGGAAGUAUCAAGACAGAGUGACAUGUUUCGGAAACAUUGACAUCGGAGAAUUGAAAAAGAAAAUGAAACAAGCAAUGAAUGAAAUCGCCGAAAACAUGACUGAGGAUGAGAAACUUGAAUUUAUUGAAGAAAGCAAUCAUGUUUUUAUAAUGAAUAAUUUAGUUGUUAAUUCUAUUCAAGGACAGAGUCAAAUUAUUAAUAGGAUCCUGUAUAAAUCAUCUUUAGUCUUACUUUUUGUUGUUGGAGUUACAAUAGCAUAUAAAAUGGUCAGAUAG